UCUAUAUUCGAAAACUUCGGAAUUCUGACAUUUGACAUUUUAGUGUGUGUUUGUGCCCUUCCUUGCUGUUUGAGUUAUAUUUUUCUCUAAAUUAUGGCUUAUCAGGGCUAUCAAGGCGGCUACGGGGGAUAUGGUGGUCAGCAGCCGGGGGGCUACAAUCAAAAUCAAGGUGGCUAUGGGGCACCACCACCUAUGAUGGGAGGAGCUCCUGGGAUUAAUCCGGAAACGCAGAGAAUUUUCGGAGUUGUUGAUCGAGACAGAUCCGGAAAGAUCAAUGCUGAAGAGCUGAAGAGUGCUCUUGUGAAUGGACGUGGACAGAAUUUCUCUGACACAGCUUGCCGUCUUAUGAUUGGUAUGUUUGACCAGGAUCACAGUGGAACGAUUGAUAUUAAUGAGUUUGAUAGACUCUACACUUACAUUAAUCAGUGGUUGAAUGCAUUCAAGAGCUACGAUCGUGACUCAUCUGGACACAUUGACGAAGGAGAAUUGAGUUCAGCUUUCCAACAGAUGGGAUUCCGCUUCUCACCGGACUUUAUAAAGUUCCUGGUCAAGAAGAGUGAUCCCCAAAAUCAUCGUGAAAUCUCCGUUGAUCAGUUUAUUGUUCUCUGUGUGCAAAUUCAGAGAUUCACCGAAGCCUUCCGGCAACGUGACUCGGAGCAAAAAGGAAUCAUCCAAAUAAGUUUUGAGGAUUUCAUUUCUGUCGCUCUCAGUUGUUCCACGUAAAUCUCACACAGUAUCCCGGACUCGCGGGCAUUCCGUGCUUUACAAAA